GCUAUUUCUAAUGAAGAAAAAAAGAAAAUAGCACUAGAUUAUGUGUGUUUGCAAUUACAAAUCGACAAAAAUAACACGUCUAUAGAUAUUCAAGAAACAGUUAACGCUAUUAAAAUAUGUCUACAAAGUGUUUUAACAAGUAUAUUGUAUUAGAUUUUUUAAGAAAUGGAUGCAAUCAAAUCGAACGAAUGAUCGGUUUUUUGAAAAAAAUUCCGAGUAGCUCAAUACUGAAAUUCAUUUUCCAGCCACUGCGUACAAAUUUAUUGCUAGUACAUCUUCAGGUUCUACUCAUAAUAAAAGUCGACCACCAGUUCAUUUCGAACUAUGCAGUGAGAGAACUAAAAGAACAAAAACUGAACAUCUCCGUUCAUGUUUUAGUAUAUCACAGUUGAUUUUUAGUGCAUCAAUGAAUCAAAGAAAAGAUGGCAAUAAAGACUGUGCAAAAAUUAUAAUGGAAAUAUCUAAUAUUACCCCCACUAGAGGUAAAAAAAUACGCCAUGCUUGGCAAGCACAUAAACGUCAACAAGAGGCCACACAAAUGACGACAGAUGAAGCUCUUGGAUUGAUAAUUUCUGCAUCAUUAUCAGUACACCAGUACAAACUUCUUCGAAAGCAAGCAUUAAAACUCAACCAUGACAUUUAUCCUGCGUAUAAUAAAGUGUUAGAUGCGAAAAAUAAUUCUUAUCCUGAUGAAAUAUCAAUUACAGAAGAAAUAUGUGAGGCAAAAUUACAAGCCCCACUUAAUCAUACCGUUAAGAGACUACUUGUAAAUAUUUCUAACGAGUUGAAGACUGGCAAUUAUAUUUUGAAAUUUCAAUGGGGAUUCAACGGUAGCUCUGGAUUUUCAGAGUAUAAACAAAGUACUUUAAGUGGUUCAAGUGAUAGUAAUUUAUUUGUAACUUCAAUGGUACCAAUAUAUUUAGCCAAUGAAGUUGAUAACCAUGUUAUAUGGCAAAACCCUGCGUGCUCUUUAACUAGAUAUUGUAGACCGAUUCGACUGCAAUAUGCUAAAGAAACUAUUGAAUUGUCACUAAACGAGGAAAAUUAUUUAAGUCAGCAAAUUAGCCAACUCACUCCUUAUAUACAUGAUAAAGGCGCAGUUAAGUUUUCGAUGGACUUUACAAUGAUUGAUGGUAAAAUAUGUAAUGCAGUGACAGAGACUUCAUCGAUGAAAUGUUAUAUUUGCAACUUAAAUAUUUCGCAAAUGAAUAAGUUAAAACUAAUGAAAAAUGUUGUAGUAAAUUGAGAAAAUUAUAGAUUUGGAUUAUCUACAUUGCAUGCAUAUAUAAGAUGUUUUGAAUGUCUGCUCCACGUGUCAUAUAGAUUAGUCUUUAAACAGUGGAAGGUUAAUAAAAAAAUGGCACUGAUCAAUUGUUGUCCAAACGGAAAAAACAAAUUCAAAAUGAUUUUAAAAAGAAAUUAGGUUUGUUGGUCGACUUCCCCAAGCCAGGUUUUGGGAGUAGUAAUGAUGGGAACACUACUAGAAAAUUUUUCAAGAAUUACAAAACAUCAGCUGAAAUUACCGGUAUUGACGAAACAUUAAUUAUUCGUUUUUGGGUCAUUCUUCAGUGUUUAUCAAGUGGACAACAAUUAAACGUAAAGAAAUUAGAAGAUUAUUGUUGGAGUACUGUUCAGUUAUAUGUACACUUAUAUGAAUGAUUUUACAUGCCUCCCAGUGUACAUUAAAUAUUAAUUCAUGGACCAUACAUAGUAGCUUCAUUUGUUUUACCUAUUGGCCAGUUAAGUGAAGAAGCCCAAGAA